AUGACUAGGCAGCCCAUUCCAUCACCUUACCACUCUCUGAAGAAGUGUCUCCUCCUCUCUGUUCUCAACCUGAUGCCAUACAGUUCUACAUACAUAGAGAGGGUGAGUGGGUGGGACCACAGCUCCACAGCCCCCAGGGUCCUUCCAGAUCACUCAACCCCCAUCACCAUCCCUCCAGAUCACUCAGCCCUCCCAUCAUCAUCCCUCCAGAUCACUCAGCAGCCCCCAUCCUCAUCCCUCCAGAUCACUCAGCAGCCCCCAUCAUCAUCCCUCCAGAUCACUCAGCCCCAUCAUCAUCCCUCCAGAUCACUCAGCCCUCCCAUCCUCAUCCCUCCAGAUCACUCAGCAGCCCCAUCAUCAUCCCUCCAGAUCACUCAGCCCUCCCAUCCUCAUCGCUCCAGAUCACCCAGCCCUCCCAUCAUCAUCCCUCCAGAUCACUCAGCCCUCCCAUCCUCAUCCCUCCAGAUCACCCAGCCCUCCCAUCCUCAUCCCUCCAGAUCACUCAGCCCUCCCAUCCUCAUCCCUCCAGAUCACUCAGCCCUCCCAUCCUCAUCCCUCCAGAUCACUCAGCCCCCCAUCCUCAUCCCUCCAGAUCACUCAGCAGCCCCCAUCAUUAUCCCUCCAGAUCACUCAGCCCCCAUCACCAUCCCUCCAGAUCACUCAGCCCCAAUCCUCAUCCCUCCAGAUCACUCAGCCGCCCCAAUCCUCAUCCCUCUAGAUCACUCAGCAGCCCCCAUCAUCAUCCCUCCAGAUCUCUCAGCAGCCCCCAUCAUCAUCCCUUCAGAUCACUCAGCACCAUCACCAUCCCUCCAGAUCACUCAGCAGCUCCCAUCAUCAUCCCUCCAGAUCACUCAGCAGCCCCCAUCAUCAUCCCUCCAGAUCACUCAGCAGCUCCCAUCAUCAUCCCUCCAGAUCACUCAGCCCCAAUCCUCAUCCCUCCAGAUCACUCAGCCCUCCCAUCCUCAUCCCUCCAGAUCACUCAGCAGCCCCAUCCUCAUCCCUCCAGAUCACUCAGCCCCAAUCCUCAUCCCUCCAGAUCACUCAGCCCUCCCAUCCUCAUCCCUCCAGAUCACUCAGCAGCCCCCAUCAUCAUCCCUCCAGAUCACUCAGCAGCCCCCAUCAUCAUCCCUCCAGAUCACUCAGCCCCCAUCAUCAUCCCUCCAGAUCACUCAGCCCUCCCAUCAUCAUCCCUCCAGAUCACUCAGCAGCCCCCCCACCAUCAAGCUUCAAAUGACUUCCACUCUCUGUUGGGAAUGCAAUCACUCUGGAUCCUUUUGCCCUUCAGGAAGGGCUGCUCUGAUGUUAAAGGAAUGCUAA